AGGGUUCAUUCUGAUUCGAAAAUGGUGGAAACAUGUUCAUCAGACCAUCAUCCUCCUCCUCACCACCACCAAUCACUGGUAUUGAAAUCAGCAAUAUAUUCAAGGCUCCUACUACUAACCCUAAUAAUCCUCUUCCGCACUAUCCUUUCCCCUUACGACACUUCCGCACCCUUAAACCCUCCAUGCCUCUCCGCUCCCAACACCACCCUCAAUUCCCCCCUCCAAAACGCCGUCGUUUGGGACUCCGUCUACUUCAUCCGCAUCGCCCAAUGCGGCUACGAAUACGAACAAUCCUUCGCCUUCUUACCCCUCCUUCCCCUCUCCUCACGCGCCCUCUCCUUCCUCUCUCAACCGCCCCUACUCGCUUACGUCAUCAACAACCUCGCUUUCAUACUCGCCUCUCUUUACUUCUACAAACUUUCCCUAACCAUCUUGAACGACCCCGAAAUAGCUCUUCGAGCCACCGUUUUGUUCUGCUUCAACCCUGCUUCUAUAUUCUAUUCUUCCAUGUACUCGGAGAGUUUGUACGCUCUUCUUUCUCUGGGAGGAUUGUACCACUUUGUCUCUUCUCGAAAUAAUCUAGCCGUUCUUUUCUUCGCUCUCUCUGGUUGCGCCAGAUCUAAUGGUGUGCUCAAUGCUGGCUAUCUCUGCUUUCAAACCAUGCAUCGCGCUCAUCAUGCUUUGUUUCAGAAAAAACGUGUUACUUUGGCUUUGCAGAUUGUUAUUGUUGGAGCUUUACGUAGUGCAUGUAUUUUUGCUCCAUUUGUAGCUUUCCAGUCUUAUGGCUAUUACACCAUGUGUGUUGGGCGUUUUCCUGAUGAAAUGAGGCCCUGGUGCAAGGCAAGAAUACCGUUACUUUACAAUUACAUUCAAAGUCAUUAUUGGGAUGUAGGUUUCUUGAGAUAUUUUCAGCUGAAACAGUUGCCUAACUUUCUUCUUGCAUCACCAAUACUGUCUUUGGCACUUUGCUCAAUUAUCCAUUAUGCUAAGUCAAGGCCUUGGGACUUCAUCUCGCUUGGUUUUCAAACUACUAUGAAAGAAAAGAGCAGUGGAGUUGUGUUUUUGUCAGAUGAUAUCUUGAGGUCCAAAGAAGAUGGCAUUGUGGAGAAAUCCUCUGCUAGGGUAAAAGCCUUAACAGUACUCACUCCUGUAACAGAACAUUUUAAUCUGAGGAGGAGAAAGAAUCUGAUCGAAGGAGAUGUUGCUAAUGCUCCCAUAGAAUCUGAGCCACCAGCCAGGCCAGGAUACUUGUCUGCAUCUGUUCUCCCAUUUGUGUUACACUUGGGAUUCAUGGCAGGCACUGCUUUUUUCGUCAUGCAUGUACAGGUGGCUACUCGUUUCUUGUCUGCCAGCCCUCCUCUGUAUUGGUUUGCUUCAUCUAUCAUGACUUAUCCUGCAAAAUGCUAUAGAUGGGGAUACAUGAUAUGGGCAUACUCUGUAACAUAUAUUUUUCUUGGCAGUUUACUGUUUUCAAACUUCUAUCCUUUUACUUGAUAAGAAGAAAGGCAGAUGCUUCUCCAUGAUCUUUUUAUUCCAUGCAAUUGACUACAGCAUAACUACCAUAAAGUGUUGCUGCUGAAUUUCAUGCCUGUCGGUUGCUUUUCCCAUAUUUGACAGUUGCUGUUCCUGUGAUUUACUGGUAGGGGGGAGUUGACAAAAGAAAAAAAAAAAAAAGAACUAGUAGUGGGGAAAAUGCCCUACACCCUCCCUGAA